GAUUUAAUUUUUGUGUGAUGUUAAUUUUCAUUGGGAAUGGUGUGGAUACAGAGUGGAUCCCACUUGAUUCUAGGCUAGCUUUUUCGUCAUCUCUCUCUCUCUCUCUCUCUCUCUCAUGCAUGGCAACUGGCCUCUAUGUAUAUAUGGAAAGUUUGCAUUUAUUUGGUUCAAAGUUGUGACCAGAAGCGUUCUAGUGCUUGCCUGCUUUUAGAAACUUGGUUUUGCUCAAAUCCAGAGAAAGGCUGGUAUUUUGGAAUUGGGUUUCUUUUACCAGUGCAGAACUCUGGAUCGCAUUCAUACUCUUAUAGACAUACAUCUGCUUUCUCAGUUUCAUCAAAGGCCCUUUAUUUCAUUUUUUGCAGGCCACAGAUUGUUCAUCUUUCAGGAUUCAUCUACUGCCUCAGGGAGGGGAAGAAGAUGAUCACCAGGUGUUUGUUGUUGGUUUCCUUGUUGAUCCACUCAACCUUGGCACUGAAGGAUUCAAGGGCAGCCUCAUCACCAUGGCAGACUCUAAAUGGGGAUGAGCCCAUUGUAAUAGCGCGGGGCGGGUUAUCGGGGGUGUUUCCGGAAUCCAGCUCCCUUGCCAAUGAGCUGACCAAGACCCUUAGUUUGGCAGGCACAGCUUUGUACUGUGACCUGCAACUGAGCAAAGAUGGUGAGGGAUUUUGCCAGUCAGCUAUAAGGUUGGAGAAUUCAACAACCAUAGCUGAUGUCUACCCAAAGGGAUCCAGAAGAUACAAUGUAAAUGGGCAGGAUAUGCAAGGCUGGUUUGCUUUGGACUUCACAUCUGAUCAGCUCUUCAACCAGGUCACUUUGGUUCAAUCUAUAUACUCUCGAACAAGUUUGUUCGAUGGUACAAUGCCACCAACAACAGUGGGGGAUGCAGCUGGAGUUAAACCCGAUAAAUUUUGGCUCAAUGUUGAGUAUGACAUGUUUUAUACCCAACACAAACUCAGCACAGCAUUAUUCCUACAAAAGGCUCAGCGAUAUAUGCUCAUGGAUUUCCUGUCAUCUCCUGAGAUUGGGUUCUUGAGGAAUAUGAAUGGGAAGGUGAACAAAGCAAGAACAAAGCUAAUCUUCAAGUUUCUGCAAAAGGAUGAUGCUGAACCCACAACCAACCAGACAUAUGGGCUUCUGUUGAAAAAUCUGGCUUCAAUCAAGUCAUUUGCCUCUGGGAUUCUUGUCCCCAAAGAGUUCAUAUGGCCUGUCAAUAACGGCCUAUAUUUGGAAACUUCCACUGCUCUGGUGACUGAUGCCCACAAGCAAGGACUUGAAGUCUAUGCCUAUGGAUUUGCGAAUGACCUUCCUGCAAGUUAUAACUACAGUUAUGACCCAACAGCUGAGUAUCUGCAGUUUGUGGGUAAUUCCCAGUUUUCUGUUGAUGGAGUGCUUUCAGAUUUCUCUCCCACAGCAUCAGAAGCCAUUGGAUGCCUAGCCCAUAACAAGAAUGCUACCAGGCUGAAGAAAUGGAAUGUGUUGGUCAUAUCUCACAAUGGAGCAAGUGGGGUUUUUGCGGCCAGCACUGAUCUUGCUUAUCAGCAAGCGGUUGAUGAUGGGGCAGACAUUAUAGAUUGCUCGGUCCAAAUGUCACAAGAUGGAGUUCCCUUCUGUUUAAGUUCGCCCGAUGUAUUAGCCAGUGCAAGUGCGAUAGCGUUCAUGGCUCGAUCAGCCACGAUCCCUGAAAUUCAACAGAACAGUGGAAUAUUCUCAUUCAAUCUCAAAUCAAGCGAGAUUCAGACUCUUACACCUCAACUAACAAGUCCUAUCCCAAAUAGCAACUUGCAAAGAAAUCCAGCAUACAAGAAUAAGGGUAAAUUCUGGACAUUCGCUGAGUUCCUGGAUUUCGCCAAGGCCAAGGCAGUUCCUGGAAUUUUGAUCAACAUAGAGAAUGCUGCCUACCUCGCGUCGAAGAAGGGUCUUAGCGUAACAGAUGCAGUUACAAAAGCCUUGAGCAAUGCCACCUUCGACAAACAGUCCACCCAAAAGGUCUUGAUCCAGUCGGAUGACACUUCGGUGUUGUCUGUGUUCAAGAAUGUUUCGAGUUACAGAAGAGUAUUGUCAAUUAAAGAGGCCAUAAGUGAUGCCCCCAAGAGGCCUGUGGAGAUGAUCAAGCAAUAUGCCGAUGCGGUUACUCUGUCCAGAAACUCCCUGGUUGAAACCUCCAACUCCUUCACCUCUGCUAAUACCACUGUCACCAAAGAAAUGCAUGCUGCAAACAUCUCUGUAUAUGUCUCAGUUCUCAGGAAUGAGUUUGUCACUUUAGCUAUGGACUACUUCUCAGAUCCUCUAGUGGAGCUUGCUACACUUAUUCAGGGUCUCCAGGUUGAUGGUGUUGUGACCGAAUAUCCAGCAACUGCAAAUGCAUAUUUGUCAACCAAAUGUUCUGACCUCGAUGUGGACAGCGAGUAUCCUUUAAUCCCAGUAGAAACGGGUUCUCUGCUUGCUUUGGCUCCACAAGAUGCACUGGAACCAGCAUCAGCUCCCCUGCCCUCACUAGAUGUUUCAGACGUUGUAGACCCACCUCUGCCUCUUGUGACUGCUGUCAUCAAUGGCUCAGAGCCUGUGCUUGCUCCUGCGCCUGCUGAAACACACCGUUCCACCUGUACUGGCCUUGUUGCUAACAUGGGUCUAUCUCUUUUGGCAGUUGCAAUGCUAAGUUUACUGUCUCUGGGGUAUCAACAUUGAUUUGUUUAUUUGGCAUGGAGCUGAAACUGAAUACCUUUACCUUUGUGUUUUCCAGUUUCUCCAGGCUCUUUUCUUCUUUCUUUUCCCUAUGUAAUUUGUACUGUAGGAAAUCAUUGGAUUUGUUUCACACAAUGUCUGAUGUGAGAGGAGGAUUUGAAUGGUAUAGCGAUAUGAAUGUUUGAUCCAGAA